UUAGCUCAAGUUCCAGACAGUGAUGAGCAGUUCCUGCAGGACCUCCAGUCAGAGAACCUUGCUUUUCACAGUCCACCAGUGAAAAUAAAGAAGGAGCAGCCCAGUUCUUGUUCCGAGCCCAGUGUUUCCUGUAGCCAGAAACAACAGUUUGAAUACCGUAAUGGGGAGCAGUGCCUUUAUGCCAGUGUUUAUGACCAAACAUCCAGGCAAGCUGGUAUCAAGUCUCAGAACCAAGGUGCUCAAGUGUCCCCCCUCCAUCACUUUUCUAGACAGGACCGAGGAUUUGUCCCUCCACAGAGCUCAUCACAGUCUGUUCAGUCUGGAGGAUACCUUGUGGAACAUAGCUCCAGGUACCCACAGCAGAUGCCAGAGAUGUGCCACUCCUUUCCAUCAGCACAGAACAUGAGCAGGGAGUCUCCUGCUAACUACCAACGGCAAAUGUCAGAGCCAUGUCUCCCAUACCCACAGCAGGGCUUCAAGCAAGAGUAUCAUGACCCUAUGUAUGACCAGGCAAACCAUGCUGGUCCAAGCAGAGCUCAUAGAUAUCCUUCCAGUGUUGUAAUCAAACAGGAGCAGACAGACUAUUCAUAUGAUUCAGAUGUCCCUGGGUGUCAGUCAAUGUACAGAAACCUGGAGGGCUACUCAAACAUGGAUGGCUAUGGCUAUGAGAAACCAAUGAGACCUUUCACCGAUGAUGCCUGUGUUGUGCCAGAAAAGUUUGAAGCAGGUGAUAUCAAACAGGAAGUUGGAACCUACAGAGAUGGCCCACCAUACCAAAGAAGAGGAUCCUUACAGUUAUGGCAAUUCCUGGUGGCUCUUCUGGAUGAUCCUUCCAACUCCCACUUCAUUGCCUGGACUGGCAGAGGCAUGGAAUUUAAAUUGAUUGAGCCAGAAGAGGUCGCCAGACUCUGGGGCAUGCAGAAAAACCGGCCAGCAAUGAAUUACGACAAGUUGAGCCGGUCUCUCCGUUACUAUUAUGAAAAAGGAAUUAUGCAAAAAGUGGCCGGUGAGCGUUACGUCUACAAGUUUGUGUGUGAACCCGAAGCUCUGUUUUCUCUGGCUUUUCCUGACAAUCAACGUCCUGCCUUAAAGUCUGAGUUUGACCGACAGAUCAGUGAAGAAGAAGAAACAGUCCCUUUGUCACACUUGGAUGAAGGAGCCAUGUAUCUUCAAGACGUAGGGACCGUCCCUUCCCAAAAUUACAAAGGUGGCUACAAUUACUAG